CCGUGGCUACAAACCAACAUGGUUGGUAGCCCUGUGGGCAUGAGCCUCUAGAGCCUCCACCCCCAGCCUGGAGGGACUGAGCACUCGCAAAAGGGAAUGUUACGGUGGACAGUGCACUUAGAAGGUGGGCCCCGGAGAGUAAACCACGCUGCUGUGGCUGUUGGACACAAAGUCUACUCUUUUGGCGGCUACUGUUCUGGUGAAGACUAUGAGACGCUGCGGCAGAUCGAUGUUCAUGUGUUUAAUGCAGUCUCUCUACGUUGGACUAAGCUGCCUCCAGUGUGGACCAACAGCAGGGACCAUGUGAGGGAGGUUCCCUACAUGAGAUACGGACAUUCUGCAGUGCUCAUUGAUGAUACCAUCUACAUCUGGGGAGGCCGCAAUGAUACCGAGGGAGCCUGCAAUGUACUAUAUGCCUUUGACGUCAGCACACAUAAAUGGUCCACACCAAAAGUAUCUGGAAUGGUACCAGGGGCAAGGGAUGGACAUUCCGCUUGUGUCUUGGGAAAGAGCAUGUAUAUCUUUGGCGGAUAUGAGCAACUGGCAGAUUGUUUUUCAAAUGACAUUCACAAACUGGAUACCAGCAACAUGAUGUGGAGUCUGAUCGCUACUAAGGGCACCCCAGCUCGUUGGAGAGACUUCCAUUCAGCCACAAUCAUCGGGACAAAGAUGUAUGUGUUUGGGGGAAGAGCAGACCGCUUUGGGCCAUUCCACUCCAACAAUGAGAUCUACUGUAACCGAAUCAAAGUGUUUGACACAGAUACGAACUCUUGGCUGGAUUCCCCUCCCACUGCACUCCUCCCUGAAGGCAGAAGAAGCCACUCAGCAUUUGGCUAUAAUGGAGAAUUGUACAUAUUUGGUGGCUACAACGCUCGCCUCAACAGACACUUCCACGAUCUCUGGAAAUUUGAUCCAGUUUCUUUUACCUGGAAGAAAAUCGAUCCCAAAGGGAAAGGGCCAUGUCCUCGUCGCAGGCAGUGCUGCUGUAGAAUAGGGGACAAGAUCAUCCUCUUUGGAGGCACCAGCCCAUCCCCAGAGGAAGGCAUGGGAGAUGAAUUUGACCUGAUGGAUCACUCAGACUUGUACAUCUUGGACUUCAGUCCCAACUUAAAAACACUGUGUAAACUAGCAGUGAUCCAGUACAACCUGGACCAGUCCUGCCUCCCUCAUGACAUCAGAUGGGAGCUCACCGCAAUGACAACAAACAGCAACAUCAGCCGGCCGAUCUUCUCCUCCCAUGGAUAACCUGGUCUCUUGCUCCCCCUCUCAGCCGCCUUCAACCCUUGCCUUGCAGAUGUCACCUUCUGUCUCCCUUGCCGUGCAUGAAUGUUAGCCUCUUCAGGAAACUCACCAAAAGGGAUUGCUGUACUGCCCAGCACGAGGAGGGCUCCACUGGCCUCUCCCGCUGCUGCAUCUGUCCU